UCGCGGCUGCACCGGUGGAAGCUGGGCGCGAUCCGAGUGCGGCCGGCUGACGGAGGGGUGGUGGCGGCCUCUCACCUGCGGCGGCGGAGGACGAAAGUGUUGUUGGUUGGGUGCGAGUCUGCUGAGCCCACGAGCGGCUUCUCAGGCCUUCUCCUGCCCGUCGGAGCCCCAGAACUGGGACUUGCUUAGCCGGCGUCACCAUGACCAAGGCCGGUAACAAGGGCGGGAACCUCCGCGACAAGCUGGACGGCAACGAGCUAGAUCUGAGCCUCAGCGACCUGAAUGAGGUCCCGGUCAAAGAGCUGGCUGCCCUCCCAAAAGCCACCAUACUGGAUCUGUCCUGCAAUAAACUGACUACUCUCCCGUCGGAGUUCUGUGGCCUCACACACCUGGUGAGGCUGGACCUCAGUAAGAACAAACUGCAGCAAUUGCCGGCUGACUUUGGCCGUCUGGUCAACCUCCAGCACCUGGAUCUCCUCAACAACAAGCUGGUCACCCUGCCUGUCAGCUUUGCUCAGCUCAAGAGCUUGAAGUGGCUGGACCUGAAGGAUAACCCCCUGGAUCCCGUCCUGGCCAAAGUGGCAGGGGAUUGCUUGGAUGAGAAGCAGUGUAAGCAGUGCGCCAACAAGGUGUUACAGCACAUGAAGGCCGUGCAGGCGGAUCAGGAGCGAGAGAAGCAGCGGCGGGUGGAAGUAGAACGAGAGGCUGAGAAAAAGCGGGAGGCCAAGCAACGAGCUAAGGAGGCUCAGGAACGGGAACUGCGAAAGCGGGAGAAGGCAGAAGAGAAGGAGCGCCGGAGAAAGGAGUACGAUGCCCUCAAAGCGUCCAAGCGGGAGCAGGAGAAGAAACCUAAGAAGGAAACAAAUCAGGCCCCGAAAUCUAAGUCUGGCUCUCGGUCCCGUAAGCCGCCACCACGGAAACACACCCGGUCCUGGGCUGUGCUGAAGCUGCUGCUGCUGCUGCUGUUGUGUGUGGCUGGCGGGCUGGUGGUCUGCCGGGUGACAGAGCUGCAGCAGCAGCCCCUCUGCACCAGCGUGAACACCAUCUACGACAAUGCGGUCCGGGGUCUGCGCAGCCACCACAUCCUCCAGUGGGUCCUGCAAACCGAUUCUCAGCAGUGAGCUUGUCCUCAACACCUGCUGCCUCCCCAGCCUUGGAGCUUGGAUUCCUAUGGAAUUGGGUUCUGCUGGACACAACCUUUUUAGGGUCAGACUUACCUGCCAUCAUUAAAUGGCUGCUGAUUGGUACUUGAGACCUCCUGUUUGUAGGACUUCUUUGUUCCUUAGUCAGGGUUCCCUGGUGGAAAAAGAAGUAGGUGGGGAGAGGACAAAACCUGCAUACCUAAAGGAAUAGGCAUGGGGGUGGGGAGAGAAACAAGCAUAGCCUUUUCUAGUUGUUAUAUAAAGCUGUGUAAAGGCAA